AUGAAGAAGGAGAUUGAGGAUGCGCGGAUAAGAGAGCAAGAGGAGGCGGAGUUGAAGGAGUUGUUGAACUUUUGUACGAUUCCUACCAUUGAGGAUUUCAGUCAGUUUAUCGAGGAGCAUCGACGGACGUGGUCUAUGCAAAAGCUGGGGGAGGCGUCGUAUUCCGAAGUCUAUGCCGCGCUGCACGCGCGCACGAAGCAGUCUACUGUGUUGAAGAUCAUGCCGUUUGGACGGAAAGAUAUGGAGCAGGCUUCGAUCCAGGAUAUCAGUAACGAGCUGAAGAUUUCGAAAACGAUGAUGAGGUUUGAUGGGUUUGUGGAUGUUGUGGGGGCGUAUAUCGUCAAGGGAGAGUAUCCGGAGCAUCUUCUCACGCUGUGGGAUCAAUACGCAGACUUGAAAGAGAGCGAGAACGAGCGUCCAGAUUUCUACGACGAGGAGCAGAAGUUUUGCAUCGUGAUGCUGCAGAACGGAGGUACAGAUCUCGAGCAUUUCAAGCUAAAGUCGUGGCGCGAGGCGGCGACUGUGUUUUGGCGGGUCGCGAAAUCGAUUGCGAAAGCAGAGCAGGCGGUCGAGUUUGAGCACCGGGAUCUGCACUGGGGAAACAUUGUGCUGGACCGGAAGAAGUCUGAGGUGUCUGAUAUGAUUGAGAAGCUGAGUUUGCAGGACACGAAGGAGGUAUAUGCAGUUAAUAUCCAGGUUACGAUUAUUGAUUAUACGUUGUCGAGAGCGAGGUGUGGGGAUGAGGGGGUUGUGUUUUCGAGUAUGGAUGAUCCGGCGUUAUACAACGGUCGAGGUGACUACCAAUUCGACAUCUACCGGUUCGUGAGAAACUCGAACCAACGACGUCGGUCCGGAAAACCAACACAGAGAUUCGACUGGUCGCUGUACGUUCCGCGCACAAACACGCUCUGGCUGCAUUACCUCGCCGAGCGGCUGAUCCGCGAGAAAAACCUGACCGAACCACGGGUCGUCGGCAGCGGGAGCAACACGCGGGCUGCGAGUAGGCGCGGGGGUAAGGCCGCGGCGGAGAGUUCGCAGGCGGAGAUUGACGCGUACCGGAGCUUGGAUUUGGUGUUUAAGCUUAUUGAUCCGCGGAAGAGGCGGUUUGGCGCGGGGAAGAAAGCGGGCGGCGGGGUUGUGGCGGAGAUUGGGACGGCGGGGGAUUUGGUGGCGUGGGGGAGAGAGGAGGGGAUUGUGUAUGAAUAG